AUGCUUAAAAGUUUAAUAAAAAAUUUUAAAUUUUAUUUCUGCCUAAAUUCCAUCAAUUUAAUUAAUUUCUUUGUUCUAACACAUUUAUUUUUAUUUAUUAAAGCAAAUGAAGAAACGACAAAAUUAGCUAAUAUAAAUAUAGAUGAACUAGUUAGUGAGGAGGAUUAUGGGGCUGUAUUGGACCAAGAGCCGGCUAAACCUGAUGAUGUUGAUAAUGACAUAAUCCAAUCCCUCGUUGACAAUUUUUUAAACAAAGGCACAACCUCCAAUGAUGGAGAUAAACAACAAACAAAUAUAGAAAAAUUAAACAAGGAAGCACAAGCUUUAAUUAAUUCAAGUGAUUACUGGAGAGUAGAAAACUUGAAGCCAUUUAACUCAAUAAAUGACCCAGAAUUAGCCAAACAAUGGUUAGCAGGAUAUUCUGUUGAAUUACAAAAAGUCUUGCAUCAAAUAGCUUUGGCUGGGUGGAAUUAUUUUACGGCUGCUUCUAUCUCUUUAAAGCAAAAUUUGGAUGAAGCAGAGGAGGUAGAAAUUAUUAAAUUUUGA